CCUCCUUGUGUGCGCAGUUCUGCUGCAUCCUGGUGUGGAUUAGAGCGUCCCUGCUGCAGCAUCAUAAAGCACCGCCUGUCUGAACGCUUACAAACUGACUCCAAAGUGUUUUAUAGGAUGAACAUAUAUAACCAAACCAUACACCUGAGCUGGUAAAGUCAAGGUGUGGCAGCUGUAAUCUCUUCCUUCUUUAUUGGUUCAGAGCUUGUGGGUAUUAAUCUACAAAUGGAUAAUGGAGACUGGGGCCAUAGGAUGACUACCCCUAUUACCCUGAACGUUGGAGGCCACCUGUACACCACCAGUCUAUCCACCCUCCAGCGUUACCCAGACUCCAUGCUUGGUGCCAUGUUUCGGGGAGACUUCCCUACAACUCGUGAUUCCCAGGGGAAUUAUUUCAUCGACCGCGAUGGAACACUUUUCCGGUACAUUCUGAACUUCCUGCGAACGUCGGAGCUCACCCUCCCAGUAGAUUUCACAGAGACAGACCUCCUCAGGAAGGAGGCAGACUUCUACCAGAUCGAACCUUUGAUCCAGUGUCUUAACGACCCCAAGCCUCUGUACCCACCAGAUAUCUUUGAACAGGUUGUGGAGCUCUCCAGCACCCGGAAACUGUCCAAAUACUCAAACCCAGUGGCGGUUAUUAUCACACAGCUAACCAUAACAACAAAGGUUCAUGCCCUUCUAGAAGGCAUUUCCAACAACUUUACUAAGUGGAACAAACACAUGAUGGACACCAGAGACUGUCAGGUAUCAUUUACCUUUGGACCAUGUGACUAUCACCAAGAGGUCUCUUUAAGAGUGCACCUCAUGGACUACAUAAUGAAACAAGGCUUCACCAUUCGGAACACUCGUGUGCACCACAUGAGUGAGCGUGCAAACGAGAACACCGUGGAGCAUCACUGGACUUUCUGUAGACCAGCUCACAAAGUUGAAGACUGACCUGCAGCACAGCAGUUGUUACUGUCAUAUUACUGUGAGACUUUCUUUGUAUUAUGCAAAAAAAAAAUGUCCUCUGUUUUAUUCAUCUUUUUUGUCCAUGUGUUGCCCUAUAAGGUACAAGGCUGUAAAAGCUUAAGCUUAAUGACAAGGUCCAGUCAGCAAAGAUAAAUCAAAAUGUAUUUAUUUGAGUCGGAGAACUAUUUAUAAAAAAUAUUUGAUCCCGUCCUGUAUCUGAAUCCUCUUAAGGAGAUUUUUUUUGUUUUUUUUUUUGCAAUCUACAAAUCAAACGUCUGGCCUUUUUGUUAUGAGAAAGAAGAUAUGAACUGGGUGUUUAUCAGUGAAUCAAGAUGAUGUGAAAAUCAAAAAGAUUAUGUAGAUGCGGUUGAUAUUUCAGAUUCAUAUCCUGCAAAUGGCAGCAAAUUUCAGGAAAGUUUUCAAAGAACUGUCCUCAUAUAGAAAAGGUAAAUGUUUUUUCCUUCACUGUGUAAUAAGUGUCCUGUUUAUUGUAACUUAAUAUAUUUUGUUCAGUAGAUGUUUAGUGAGUAAAACUAGACUUAGUCUCAUAGAUCCCUUGUAGACUCCAUGUGCGAUAAUGUUGGGCCCUUUAAUAGUUGAUGCAUGUGUCUUAUGUAUGAAUAAUUUUUGUAUCUGCUGUGUGCACUUUAUGAUGUUGCAUCAUAAUGUCAUAUCAACAGUUAUUUAUGGUCAUUCUAGCCACAAAUAAAUCCAGUUUGUGUUUUUUAUUUGAAAUUAUUUUACUAAAAUAUCACCGUAUUGCUGAUAUUCUUACUGCAACCUAUUAUGGGCCCAAGCAGUUUUAAGUAUUAGUUCUGAAAUAAGGCAAGUGACGAAACUGAAAGGUUAAAUAUUCCAUACAGCCCCCAGUGUCCAACCUUUAUGCUUUGCGAGUCAAAACUGUAAAAGUGGAAAUUACUUUGGGGGGGUUUCCAAAACUAUAAAAAA